AUGGAGCUGCGUGACUUGCUCGGCGACUUUCCUCAUCUGAAGCCAUUGGCAGGGCGUUGGAGUGUGUGCAGACUGGCAACUCUUUCCGAUCUGAGCACAGCAGAGCUUGGCUCCUUGCUGCUCCGCGAAUUGGGGUUGGCCUCGCUAGAAGACUGCGUUUUGCAAGAGUUCGAGCAACUCAUAGCACAGGCGUCGGACCUGGCGGCUUCGCGGUGGGCUCGGUCAGCGCGUGUGGAGAGCAGUGUGGAAUGGGCUAGCGCUGCGGCGAAGUUCCGUCGAUUCGAUGCAUCGCUGCCGCUGGCUGCGGGAUCGGUGUGCCUUCUUACAGCUUGGGCUCCGGUUGUGGAAAACAAGCAGAAGCGGCUGCGACAGGGUCAUUGGCCUACACGGUCUCAUGGUGCGGCGUCUUUGAGUGCAGUGGACCAGGCUCGCCAAGCAGAGGAGGACAAGCAACGUUGUCGCUGGCUCUCUCAACUCCAGCGCUUGAUCGCCACGUCCGGGCUCCCAGCUGCGGAAGCCGGAAUUUCUGGUCGCGUGGGUAAGGGCAGGCGGGCUUCCACUUUACGGAAGCAUGUCAAAACGUGGGAGCGCGUCGUGGCAUGGGUUCGAAGCGCUUUUGGCGUCAGCUGGCCCUCCGCAGACCACUUUGCGGCGUAUCUGCAGGCCCGGGCUUCCGAGCCUUGUGGACGAUCAGUUCCCGGCAGCUGCUUGAAGACCUUGAUGUUUAUGGAGUCAGCCGGGGAGGUGCCGCUUGACUCUAAAAUCAGUCGCUGUCCAGUCAUACGCAACACUAUGGAAGAGUUGGCACUGGUUUUGGGCAAUCAAGAUCUACGCGGCCGCCGCCAGGCCAACCAACUGCUGGUCUCUCAGGUCAAAGCUUUUGAAGGACUAGUGAUGAACGAGCAAGCUCCUCGCUAUGUUCGUGCUUUUGCUUGGUUCAAAUUGGUGAAGCUUUGGGGAUGCUUGCGCUACUCUGACACGGAAGGCAUGCCGGCAAGGGCAAUUGUCGUGGACGAGCGUGGUUUGAGUGCUCGCCUGGAGCGCACUAAAACCACAGGUGCAGGCAAGAAGAUUGCGGUGCUUUAUGCUUAUGUUUCUUCUGCAGUCUGGCUGGUGGAACCAUGCUGGCUCCGCGUGGGUUGGCAGCUUUGGCAAGCCAUGGGUGAUGAGACAGCUGCUGCUUCGCGUGAUUUCUUCUUGUUGCGGCCGGCAGCUGGCCUUCAGGGCUGCACUGCCAGAAUGGCAAGGUAUUACCAUGCUUCGGCCAUGUCUCAAGCGUUGUUCCGAGAACUCCGGACUGACGGUGUGGAUGGUCGGGAGCUUAUGGCACUUGGGCUGGGAGUUCUUUGGAGUGAGCACUCCGAGCGUGCUACUAUGCGCAGUUGGGCAGCUUGCUGUCGUGUUGGAGAGCUGGCGGGCAAACAGCUAGGGCGAUGGCAGAUGUCGGUGGACGAAGCUUACAUUAGAUCUGUGCGUGGCAAUGUGGAGGCUGCUCAAAGGAAAGUUGCUCGCGUGCUGCGGCGUGGAAUUGGUGGGCGCGAUCUUCUGGACGAAGCUAGUGUGCUGUCCAAGGUGGCAUCGCGCUUAGAAGAGCUGGGUUUUGAUCCAGAGUCGGUUUCCGUGCAGGUUGCCUUGCUGUCUUCCUUUGCCACCAAACAGCUGGAUGACGGUUCGGCCACUGAGGAAGAACUCUCGGACGAGUCGGAACAAGUGGCGUCUCCGGCGGGCCUGGACGCAGAAGACAAUGCUGAGGAUGCAGCUGACUGGCAUUUGGGCUUGUUCUUCGUCAGUUUGACUGGGCAGCAUGGGCGCCAACAGACGCUGCACAAGGGCGGCGAAUGCCAUCGAGUGCCUGGCGUCCACUACCGGCACUUCAAACAGUUCGGUGAUCGCUGCCCAGCUCGCGAGGAGUAUGGGCGCAAGUGUCGGGAUUGCUUCCCGUCGGGUGAACCAGUCGCUUCCGCGUCGUCCAGCAGUGAAUCUAGCGACAGCUCUUCAUCCUCAGGUGCUGAAAGCGAAGGUUAG